CCAGACAAGAAACAAGAGAGAUUAGUGCAGUUUUGCUCUCGCGAGUCACAGGUGUGAGCGCGAAUUUAACUCUGUGGAAUACAUUUACAGGCACCUCUUGGUUUGAAGGUACAAUGAUGGAUCCAUUAAAUGUUUCUCAGAGUCCCUCCAAUCAGAACUCAUCAGAAUAUUAUGAGAAUUAUGAUGAUGAGGAUGAUUUUAAUAUCCAAAAUUCAGAGCUCGGGAAAUCUCUUAAAAUCAUGUCACUCAUAGUCUACAGUUUGGCGUUUGUACUUGGAGUGGUGGGAAACGGCAUCGUGAUUUGGGUUACUGGAUUCAAAAUGAAGAGGACAGUCAACACGGUCUGGUUUCUGAACCUUGCUGUCGCUGACUUUCUCUUCACUGCAUUCCUCCCGCUCAGUGUGGCUUAUACAGCCAUGGGAUUUCAUUGGCCCUUUGGACAAUUCAUGUGUAAAUUCAACAGCACUCUCGGUUUCCUCAACAUGUUUGCCAGUGUGUACAUCCUAGUCGUGAUCAGUGUUGAUCGCUGUGUGUCUGUGGUGUGUCCAAUCUGGGCACAGAACCAUCGGAAUGUGGGCCGUGCAUCUGCGGUGAGCUUUGGGGUUUGGUUGUUCGCUCUGUUGCUGAGCUCUCCAUACUUUGUUUUCAAGGACACUGCACAGGACCACAAGGACCCAAAAAUAAUCAACUGCUUCAACAACUUUGCUUUCUCUGAUGAUGAAACAGAAGACGUGGAGGAGCUCCGUAUGCUACGGCAUCGUGCCAUGAUCAUUACCCGUUUCAUUAUAGGCUUUGUGGUGCCAUUUGUGAUCAUCGUCUCCUGCUAUGCAGUCAUCAUCCAUCGUCUCCAAAGAAACCGUUCAAUGUCUGGCAGAACUGGACGUCCUUUCAGGAUCAUAGCUGCAGUGAUCACUGCCUUCUUCCUGUGUUGGGCUCCAUACCAUAUCCUGGUGCUCAUUGAGAUGGUAAACCACAUGAGUACUGAAUACAGCCCCACCCUGCAAUAUGUCAUCACUGUUGGAAUUCCCAUUGUGACCAGUUUGGCUUUCCUAAACAGCUGCCUGAACCCCCUGUUGUAUGUUUUCAUGGGACAGGACUUUAAAGACAAAGUGCGCAAAUCAAUCCUGAAGGUUUUGGAAACCGCUUUUACGGAAGAAGUUUCACGCACAAAUACCUGGACAAAUUCAAUGCCGACCAUACGUAACAAAGAGAAUGGGAGCAAGUCCUUCUCUGAUGCAGAGGUAUAACAAUGUAACACACAUGAGUCCCCCUUUCUAAAGGAGAAAUUUACAGAGUGGCAUGUGGAUUUACCACCCGUCAUUAGAUCAAAUAAAGACAUGCUAACCUGAAAAAACUGGACCAGAAGAUAUUCAGUUAGUUUGAAACUUUACUUUCCUUGCCUUUACAGGGAAAUGCUUAAGUGAUGCAGAGUUAUUAUAUAUUUGUAUGUGCAUGUGUUUACCCGCUUAACAAUAUUUUGGAGACAGAUUUGUUCCCAGAAGUGAGCUAAAUCUGACAGAAACAGCCAAAAUCUUCCUUUUGGAAAAUCAUCUAUUUAAAAAUGUAUAAAACAAUGAAUUAUUUUAUCAUUACUGUUUUUUGAAACAAUAUAGAAGAUUUUUCAGUUAUAAUUAGGUUAUAGUAUCUAUAACAAGCUGUAUAUAAAAAUCUCUAGAAGUGAAGAAGAAAGUGUGUGUGUGUGCGUGUGUGUGUGUGUGAGAGAGAGAGAGAGAGAGUGGUGGGAAGGGGGUUAAUGAUAUACCCAUAAGUAUUUGACAAAAAUAACUUGGUAUUGUUGGCGAUGUAGACGAUAUUAGAAUGAAGUUUUUCAUAUAUUGUGCAUGAGAUCCAUUGUUUUUUUUCUAUUUCAUUACUGUAUAACUGUUGCCUGCAUAUAUUAUUUUUAUAAUGUAUAUUUUAUUUUAUAGUAAACAGUAUCAUGUCUAUUUGUGUAUUACAAAAUAUAAGAAAAAUGCUGAAGCUAAAUUAACAUACUAAUUGAGGUUCUUAUACUGGUGUCAAUGUCUACAGUCUAAAUCU